UGGACUGCCUGUGUGAGAGGUUCCUGCCCAGGAACGUGUCAGCCAUCAUCUUCCUGACGAGGACUGAGACAUACGGACGGACCACAGCCUCCGCCCAGUACUUCCUGCAGCUGGCUGGCUACCUGGGAAUACCAGUCAUCGCCUGGAACGCUGAUAAUUCCGGCCUGGAACAGGCUGCACAGAGUGGGCUGAGGAUCCAGCUAGCACCUUCGGUACACCACCAAGCAGCGGCCAUGCUGACCAUCCUUGUGAGGUAUCAGUGGUAUUCUCUGUCCAUUGUUACCUCUCAGAUAGCUGGUCACACUGACUUCGUGCAGGCUGUCCGUGACCAGGUGGCUCAACACAAGGAGAACCAUCGUGGCAAGUUCGUCAUCAUAGACACGAUCAUCCUGGACGAACCUCGGGACUCGCUCCUCCGUCUCAAGAAUUCCGAGGCUCGCAUCUUGCUGCUGUACUCGACGCGAGACGAGGCCGCCCACAUCAUGAAGGAGGCUACGAGUCUUGGUCUCGUCGACAAGAACUACAUCUGGAUCGUCACCCAGUCGGUGGUCGGGGAUAGGGCCGAGGGUCUAGCCGUAGCCAACGAACUGCCUGUCGGGAUGCUGGGCGUGCACUUCGACACCUCCCUGGCCAGCCUGACAGCCAGCGUUUCCACGGCAGUGGACGUCUUCGCCUACGCCACGGAGGAGUUCCUCAACCAGACCCGCUUCACUCCGGACAAUCUCAACCCUCACCUCUCCUGCAGCGACCACAGGAACUCCAAGUGGAUCCUCGGCAGCACCUUCUACAGACACCUGCGUAAUGUGAGCAUCCCCCGUCAAGCGACCACUCUCUCCUUCAACCCAGACGGCACCAGGAAGGACGUAGAGCUGAAGAUUGUCAACCUGAGGGAAGGUACCUCUAACAACAAGAUAUGGGAAGAGAUCGGCGUGUGGCGUUCGUGGGAGGACGAAGGCCUGUCCGUGAACGACAUAGUGUGGCCGGGCAACGGACACGUACCUCCCCAGGGCGUCCCGGAGAAGUUCCACCUGAAGAUAGUGUACCUGGAGGAGCCGCCGUACAUCAACCUGGCACCAGCUGACCCGGUCACCAAGCAGUGUUCAGCUAACAGGGGCGUCAUCUGUAAGAUUCCUCCCAAGAAGACUAGCGAUAUGGGCAGCACCAACGCCUCAGCGUUCCCCACAACUAUGUGCUGUUCAGGGUUCUGCAUCGACCUGCUGGAGAAGUUCGCCAGUGACCUGGGCUUCUCCUACGAACUGAUGAGAGUGGAAGAUGGCAAGUGGGGGACUUUAGAGCAAGACCACCGCUGGAACGGGCUGAUCGGAGAGUUGCUGAAGCGGGAGGGUGAAGGAGCGGAAAUGGCACUUACAAGCCUCAAGAUCAACAAGGAGAGGGAGAGUGUCGUCGAUUUUACCGUGCCCUUCCUGGAGUCUGGAAUUGCUAUCGUCGUUGCCAAGAGGACUGGAAUUAUCUCCCCGACGGCGUUCCUAGAACCGUUCGACACAGCGUCGUGGAUGUUAGUUGCCUUCGUGGCCAUCCAGGUGGCAGCACUCACCAUCUUCCUCUUCGAGUGGCUCAGCCCAGGUGGCUAUAACAUGAGGAUGGCGCCUCCCAGGGACCACAAGUUCUCUCUCUUCAGAACGUAUUGGCUGGUGUGGGCUGUGCUUUUCCAGGCCGCCGUGCAUGUUGACUGCCCCAGGGGAUUCACAGCCAGGUUCAUGGCGAACAUGUGGGCGAUGUUCGCCGUCGUGUUCCUGGCCAUCUACACAGCCAACUUGGCGGCCUUCAUGAUUACUAGGGAGGAGUUCCAUGACUUCUCAGGCAUCAAUGAUACCAGGCUGCAGUACCCUAUGACAGUGAACCCGGCGUACAAGUUCGGGACGGUAGAGGAGACCAACUCAGCCAUGGUACUCAAGAAACAUCACUCACUCAUGUACAGCUAUAUGGUCCGGCAUAACUUCAACAGACCAUACGUCCAAGAUGGCGUCAAGUCCAUCAAGAAGAACGAGCUGGACGCGUUUAUCUACGACGCGACAGUCCUGGACUACCUGGUGGGUCAAGACGAUGACUGUCAGAUUCUAACAGUCGGGUCUUGGUACUCAAUGAGCGGAUAUGGACUCGCCUUCCCCAGGGGAUCCAAGUACCUCACUCUCUUCAACAACAAACUCAUGAGUUACAAGGACAACGGCGAUAUAGAGCGCCUACAAAGGUUCUGGAUGACAGGAACUUGUAAACCCAUGAAGCAGCAGAGAAGAGCUUCAGAACCCCUGGCCAUCGAGCAGUUCCUGUCAGCCUACCUGCUGUUGGGGAUUGGCAUGGUACUGGCCAUGGUACUGCUCGCCCUCGAGCACGUCUACUUCAAGUACGUGCGUAAACACUUGGCCAAGAAGGACAGUGGAGGAUGCUGCGCCUUGGUCAGUCUGAGUAUGGGCAAGUCCCUCACCUUCCGAGGUGCUGUGUACGAGGCCACGGACAAGCUACGGCGUCACCGCUGCCGUGACCCACUCUGUGACACCCACAUCUGGAAGGUGAAACACGAGCUGGACAUGGCCAGGAUGAGGAUCAAGCACCUGGAGAAGGAGCUGGAGGCCAACGGUGUCAAGAGCACUCUCAAGAAGCAACACCUGUAUACCGGAAGUGCUGUGAGCGCUGGACCACUCCUUGCCUGUUGCUGGAGUACAGGUCCUGAUGACUCUACCUGGGUCCGUACCGUCAGUCUGCAGUGA